AUGGCACUUUUAAAUGAAAAUUUUCUUUUACUCCACUAUUUCGGUGUGUGGCCGUCAGCUCAUUGGCGACAGAGAACAUGGAAAACUGUAGUCUACUCGCUUUAUACCAGUUACAUAAUUUUCUGCAUCUAUUGGUUUACAAUCUCUGGGUCAAUUCAUUUACUUCUUAUAACUGACGAUGUUGAAGAUUUUUCGGAAAGCUCAUUCAUGUUGUUAUCGUUACUGGCUUUAUGUGUUAAAGUUGUUAUAGCUCUUUUGAAGAAGUCGGAAAUUAUUGGACUUCUCACUGAUCUGGAAAAUUAUCCACAUAAACCGGCGAAUCUGGAAACUCAGUUGUUACAGGACAAAAUCAAUGAACAGAUAAGGUUCUGUACACUUUGUUACGGUGGACUCGGAGAGGCUACAGUAUGUUAUGGCACCAUCGCUCCAUUUUUCCAAAGCAUUCCCUUUGGAGUUCUGCCGUACAAAGCAUGGAUACCUUACGAUUAUUCAAAACCUGCGCUCUACUGGACCACCUACUGUCAACAAUUGAGCAGUGUUUUCAUAGCUGCAAAUAUUAAUUUUGGCUUCGAUACCAUCAUAUUUGAAUUUAUCAUGCAAAUGUGUGCGCAGUUCAGCAUGCUAAAGUAUCGAGUGGAAAUGAUGAUUAAUGAAUUUGAUGAGAAGCAGAUUCUGUCAGUCAGCAAAAUUAAUCCGACGCUAUUACAGAGUUAUGAGGAAUAUAUGACUGAUUGUGUUAAAUAUCACAUUGACAUAUUAAGACUAUGCAAACGAAUAAAUACCAUCUUCUCCAGCAUUAUUUUCGUCCAGUAUACAGCAUCGUCUAUCAUUAUUUGCGUUAGUGUCGUACUGGUAUCCCAAAUGCCUGUAUCUUCACCAAAAUUCGUAACAGUUGCCGGCUACAUAGCAUGUAUAAUGCUUGAAAUUUUUUUGUACUGUGCAGCUGGAAAUGAAGCGACCUUUCAAUGCCAAAAUCUGAUGACAGCAAUUUACAGCACGAAAUGGUAUUCCCUCAGCGAUCGAAUGAAGAAAUGCUUAGGGUUCAUGAUGGCUCGUUCAAUGAAGCCAAUCACUUUUGUGAGCCAUCACAUGAUCGUCCUCUCGUUGCCGUCUUUUUGCGUUCUCCUCAAAACUUCCUAUACGGCAUACACAAUGCUACAACAAUUUGCUGAUUGA